AUGUCAAAGGCAACUCAAUGUGGUGCUGUCCAGGGAAAAAUCAGCAAGGAACUCCAUCAAGAACAGGAUAAACAGCAAGUAGCAAUUGCAUCUGAGCCACCAAGUCUGAAGGAUUUAUAUCCUUCUGGUGUAUAUAUUAAUAUGGUAAUAGUCUACCCAGCUGAUGUAAUCAGUUUCAAAGCCAUGCGGCCUGAUCCAGAUCCAGAGGUCGGCAAGGAUGGGCUAAAACGAGUAAUCGGUAAUGUGGACGACAACAACUCUGCAGACGUCUCUCCCAGUCGUCCUGUAAACUUCCUCGAUAAACUAAAGAAAUUCAAAAAAGGAUCAGCGGAUGACAUUCAGCUGCGCCAAACAAAAAAAGUACAUCUCAAAAAAUCAAAAACAAACAACUUUUAA